UCGCAUCUACCGUGCACUCCGUAGUUCCGUACAAUCGCGACGGUUCGGCGGCGCAUGAUCGAAAACGGCCCAGUCAGUCAGUACCUCCGGAAACACUGUAGCUAACAAACGUAUUGCUUAACGCUUGUGUAGCAAAAAAUCAGUUAUGACUGACUCUUUUGAAUUCCCGCCAAGACCCUAAAACAAAACCCAUUUCCAAAAAUAUUUUCUUAUUACUUCUCUAAUGUUUUAAAUACCAAAGUUGUUUACGGUUUUCGUGGCGUUUGUGUUUUAUCGCGUUAGUGAAUAGAACCACCUGUAAGACAUUUUCAAUAGAUAUAUUGAGGAGUUCAAAAUGAGAGAGGAUUCAGAAACGUCAGCGUUAAAUGAAAGGAUAGAGGAGUUCAGAAGCGAUCCGGAAAAACUGCGACAGGCCUCUGAAUUCGUUGAUGAGCUUAUACAGGAAGCAAAAAAAGAGGCAGAAAUAAAACAGAAAGAGAAAGACAAAAGCAAAUUAUUCGAAUCUCAAGAUCCAGGUGUGGGUAAUUUAAAGAAGAGGUUGGGUCGCGCCCGUGGUUUUGUGCUUCGUAUGUUCGACGCGCUGUGCAACUGCACACAGACAGCAGCGGCCGCAGCUCGCACUACAGCUCGCAACAAUCCGUUUACAAAACGCUAAACAUUUCUCAAACACAUAUCUUUAUUUAUAUGGAAAAAUAAUACACUUAAAAUAUCGGUUGAUUCCGAUUUUCAAAACAUACAUAAUAUCCGAAUUUAUGUAUAAAGUUACUUAAGCGAAUAUAAUUUUAUUAUCAUUUAAAAAUACGUCGAUUCCAAAUGAAUUAAGACAUAAAUUUCAAACUCUUAUUUAUUUAAUCAAUGCUGUUGAUUUUUGUUGUCAGUUAGAUAGGCUUUGAGACUAAACUAAUCUGGCUAUUUGAAAAUAGAAAGGAUAUUAUCCUUAGCAAGUUAGUACUUACUUGCCGGCAAGUAAGUACAUGACUUGUACAUCAAGAUAAUGAUUUUACAUAGUUAUCGUUAAGUAGAUUCUCUCUCUACUUUAGUAAAGACCUUCAUAUAGAUUCAUGCUGUAAUUUAGGCUCAAAAUAAUGUUUCGAAAUAAUUGUAAGUAUUAUUAUAUAUUAUUAAUUUAUCUGACUUAACUUAAAAUAUCAUACCAAAGUUAGUUUUCAUGAGAUGAAAUGUCGAUCGUAUUUGAUAUUUUCGAAUUCUUUUCUUUUGAUAAUUUUGAAAAUGCCCAAAAUAGUGAUUUAUCUAUUAAAUACACAUUUUUUACGUUAUAAAGAUACUCUAUGUCAAUAUUAUAAUUAUAAUUUGUAUCAGAACUUGAAACAUGCUUAAAUAUAAUUGUAGUGACUAUAACUUCAUAUUGUGUCUUCCUUUCGUCUCCCUUGUCAGUGGUACCACUGUUACCUAUCAUUGAUGUUAUUGUGAUCGGUGUAAAGACGCUUAUAGAAGUAACUGUUUAACAUAUUUUGGCAAUAUAUAGAUGUAAUCACAUUAGAAAUAAGACAAAGUAGAUAUGUUCUAAAAACAUUUUGUGGUCUAUGAUAUAAUACAAGCACUAUUAUAUCUUUCAAAAACCAUGAAUAGCUUACCUCUCAGUAUCUCAAAGGGAGAGAUCCCUUAUUGGGUUAAAUCUCUUGUAUUUAUUUCUUCGUAUAGUUAAGUUUACUGCUUAAAUGAUAAAUACACAAUAUAGACAUAAGAUAUUUACAACAACAGCUUUCAGAAAAGAAAAUUCGAAAUUUAAUUACAUAAUAUUAAGUAUAUGUCGCUUGUUAGUUAGAUUAGCCAUACAAUAAAUAGUCUAGCCUAUGUCUUUUUUCAAGAGAGCUUUAAGCAAUCAAGCAAGCUUCCCUUAUUCUAUGAACGAAAAAUUGCUGGUUUAAUGUUACAUAGGUCUCAGAUUGAAUGGCACCGCUAAGUAAAAAGGCUAGGCUGUUAAUUGAAUUGCUAAUUAAUAGUAAUUGCCUGCGACAUAUAUACAACUUCGUAGUCGAAAGUUGUUGUCAACCAAUAUUUAUAAAAUAAAAAUUAAAGAUUGUAUUAUUAUUAUCGUAAAUAUUCUUUGUACCUAUUAUACAGAUCUAUAUAAAAACUACAAUAAUAACUUUCCUAUCAUAUACAACUGAUUCGUCUGUAAUAUUUAUACAAAAAAAAUUGUCUAAUGAAUUUAUAAUGUCGUAAGUAGGUACGACAUCGAUUUGAAAUUUUUGUGAAAAAAUGUACACUAUUAUUGUGAAAAUUGUAAUUGAAAAUUUCAAAUGUAUAUAAAAUUAUUUAGAGGGUAGACUAUUAGGUACUUACAAAUACAACAAAAUAGUACAUUUCAUUAUAUUUUAUCGCUUACGAAUGCACAAAACGAAAAUAUUCUACGCUAUAAGUAUAUUCAAAUAUUAUUAAUUUUGAAUCAUUUUUGUACAUUAUUUUUAUAUUUCAUAUUAUAUUAUUUUGCAUUUAAUAAAAAUAUCUGAAUUAUUUUUAUAACGACGUAAAUAAACUAUUUGAACAGCGUAACUUUCCUAUUUUUAGACUAAGUUAAAAUAAAUUACUUUUAAGAUUAUUUUUAAAUUGAGAUUGAGCUUUUAAAAUUAUAGGUGUCCUAAAUUAAUAAAAUGUAUCAAUGUAGAGGAAAUUAUUUUUCGGUGUAAGAAAUGUAAUUAAAUUAUAGAUCCGGUGUUUGUAAGUAAUUAUAGUUCUAUUCACACAUUUUAAGCGAACAUAAGAAAAAUUUAGGUGUGUUUAACUAGAAAAAAUAAGAAAGGAAAAAAGGCGCACAUCAUUUGUAGAGAAGCGCUAAUGUAUGUAUAUACAUACAUGUUACGAGAUCCAAAUGAAAUAAAAUAAAUUAUUGAUGUUUCAACCUAUAUCUAAUUACUUUUUUGGUAGAAGUUUUGUUUUUCUGGACUAGAGUUCGUAAAGGCUAAGCGAUUUUAUAUUCUCACUUAACGAAUGAGCCUGCUCUGGAAGUGUAUAUAAAAAUUUUGAUAAAUUUUAGAUAUGAUAAAAAAUGAAUCCAGUACGUUGCUUAAGAAAUGAUAUUACUUUUCUUAACUCUCCAGGAGCUAAAAGUCGCAAGGGAUAGUAAGAGAAAAGCAAACGAAUUUCUAUAAAAUUAAAUUGGUAAAUAUAUCAUAUAUAUAAUAUCACAGCAGAGCCUUCGGUUGUGACGUAUGUGAAGUAUGUUAAUACUUCAUUCGUAAGUAAUUUUUCCUUAAUUAUCACGUUAACGCACGAAUAAAUGUGUGAAUCGAUCUGUAUGUGUUUACGUAAGUCUUAAAUAAAUGUUCAAUGUGAUAUCCUGCCUGUACCACUUCCUAUGUGA